UGGCUGUGGGGCAUUACUUAAACCUCAGUGGUUAUGGUGUCAUGUCGCAUCAUCAAGACCCCCUUCGACAACCAGGCACCAAGAUUCCCACUUUCACCCCACAAGAACCUAAUAAAAAUGACAGAAACAUAGUAAGAUUCUUAAAAACAAAGGAGAAAAUGCCCAGACCCAGAAAUAUCCAUCCAAUCUUCAAACUCUACCUUGUACUCAUUCUGGUUCUUACCCAUUUCUCAUUUGGCACUUGGGCUUCAGUUUUUGAAUACAGUGAAAUUGAUGCCUUGGUGAAAAGGGGCUGUACCCAGAAGAUUGGAGAGUACCACGAAGAGGCAGAGAUGGAAUCGGAGAUCAGCAGGAGAGUCUUGGUGAUACAGAAGAAGUAUAUAAGCUAUGAGACACUAAAGAGGGACAUGGUUCCUUGUGCAAAACCAGGAGCUUCAUAUUAUGCUUGUCAUGCAGGAGAGGCAAAUUCGUAUGGCAGGGGCUGUGAGAUCAUUACAAGGUGUGCCAGAGUCUGAAAGAUGUUCUCUUUGGAGUGGUAAUGUCUGUGUCCUAUGUAGGCUUUUUGUAUAUUUAAGACCUAUAUAUGCUUUACUUUUUCUGUAUUCUUAGCUUGAUUUUUAGGGAGAUCUAAGGGUUUCCAAUUGAGGGUAUUUAGAUGCAUUUAGGGUUUCAAAAUGAUUGCUUUUCUGUGUCAAUUUAAGGGUAUACUGAUUAAAAAAUGCCGUGCUAUGAGUUACAACCAUUUGUUCUGAUGUCUAUUUGGAAAACCCCUUUUUCUUU